AUAUAUAGUGUAUACGCGAUAGUUUGUCAACAUGUAUUACUGUGUGUACAUGAAAUAGUCUGUUAUCGUUAACAAAGGGGAUUCCCCUACACGGAUAAUGUCUAUAUUUAGGUUUACCGCCGUGAGUCAUGUUCCAACUCAACGUUGUAAGUUCCAUGUCAUCGGGUUUUGUAGGCCUGUAUAUAAACAGGGCCAAAUCAUGUAAUACCUAUAAUACAUACAGACGGAGCACAGGACAGACAAACCAAUAAAACAGCCGUUUGACACCAGUAUCAUUAAUAUGGACAAAGAGUAUGACUUUCUAUUCAAGUACCUGCUGAUAGGCGACUCAGGUGUAGGGAAAUCUUCCCUGUUACUCCGGUUCGCGGAUGACGUAUUUUCAGACACCUACAUCUCUACGAUAGGAGUAGACUUCAAGAUCAGAACGGUGGACGUUGAUAACAAAGUCGUCCGAUUACAAGUCUGGGACACUGCAGGACAGGACCGAUUCAAAACCAUCACGGCAUCCUUCUACCGCGGGGCGCACGGCAUUAUGCUUGUCUAUGACGUCACUGACAUGGUAAGCAAACAAUGUUCAGACACUGUUGUAAGUAUUGGAACAUUUCCUAUAAAUGUCUAGUAAUCACGGUAAUCAGUUGUAAAUGGUAGUUUUGUAACACAGAUGACAGUUAUCCACUAAUCUAUGAUUGAUCACUAACUCUAAACACCAACUCUGAUGUUCGAUAGGGUGCCCUGUAUGGUGCUUUGAUAUCACUUUUCCUUAUUUUUCGUUACUUUAUUUCUGGAUCAGAUUUCGCGUCUUAGCAUUUUGUGAUA